GAUGCCUGCGGUUUUGCUCGUCCCCGUGCCAUAGGCCAAGAGCUAAUAAGAGGAUCCCUAGGAUUCCCUAACACCUUAAGUAGCAACCAACGAUCAACAGUGAAAUCACAUCACAAGGGCUGCGAUUGGUUGAGUCAUUAAAACUAACCAUAAAAUGCAUAAGCCGUUUGCAUAACUUGAAGUCCGAGUAUAAAUAAAAUACGACAACCUCCUUAUCAAUCUUGCAUCGUGAUCUUGAAUCCUCGAGCUUUUCGCAAUGGCGGGGUUUUUACAACAAAUUGGAGCUACGCUCAACGCGUAUGAUAUUUUACGUCUAGUUUUUAUCGUUAUUUUACUCGGCAUCUCUCACCAAUGCCUUAAGGCUAUAUAUAAUCUAUAUUUUCAUCCACUUCGACAUAUUCCAGGACCGCCACUAUGGAUCGCAUUCCCCAUUACGAGAAUUGUCGGCAUGGUGCAGGGAAAGGCCGAGUUUCAAAUGCGUGAAGCCCAUGAUAAAUAUGGUGAAGCUAUUCGCGUUUCUCCAGACCAACUUUCCUUCAUUAACCCCCAAGCAUGGAAGGAUAUAUAUGGCCAUGGCCAUGCAGAGUUCCCGAAAAGUUAUCCAAAGGGAAUUAAUAUGGACACGAAGAAAAUCAUCUCAGCGAAUUCUUCGGACCACUUCCGCUUUCGACGGGCGAUGUUGCCUGCCUUUUCUGACAAAGCUCUUGGACAACAGGAACCGCUUAUCAAAGUGUACGUCGACUUAUUAGUCGAGCGACUACGUGAAGUAGCCCGAACAGGCCAAUCAACCGACAUGGUUCGGUGGUAUAACUUCACAACCUUCGAUUUAAUUGCCGAUUUGGCAUUUGGUACUCCUUUGCAAGGUUUGGCGGAGGGAAAAUCGAAUGCCUGGCUCGAAAACAUUGCCAAAUUGAUGAGGUACAUGCCUAUGCUGGUUUUAAUCGGUUUCACCCCUAUGCUGGGCCUGAUUUUGAAGCUCGUUGCUGGUUCCAAAGCCCGCAAUUCUCAAGCUGCUCAUCAUGCUCUCGUUGCUAAGCUUGUCAACGAUCGUAUCUAUCAUAGGAAGCAAGCCGACCGGGGCGAUUUCAUGGAUUACAUAAUGCGCUCCCGUGGCCAGGCGCACGAAUUGACGGAUCCUGAGUUGAUCGCUAAUAGUGAUUUGCUUGUGGUGGCUGGAUCGGAGACGACGGCGACACUUUUGAGUGGCGCAACAUAUUGGUUACUGAGAACCCCAUAUGCGCUCAAAAGAGUAACAGAGGAAGUCCGCACCGCAUUCCAAUCCGAGGACGAAAUUACUUUUAAAGAUGCGAGCUCUAAACUGCCGUACAUGAUAGCCUGCCUCGACGAAGCUUUGCGACUUUUCCCUCCCGUUCCACUACGUCUCGCCCGUGCAGUGCCGCGCGGUCCUCCUGUGCAAAUUGCCGGGUUAACGGUUCCUGAAAAGACUGUUGUCGGCGUCCACCACCUUGCAGCUUACCACUCUGAGCUUAACUUCCACAGAGCACGGGAAUUCAUCCCAGAACGAUGGCUACACGAAUCCACCUCGAAUCCAGCUUCGCCUUUCUAUGGCGAUCGCCGCGAUGUUCAUCGCCCAUUUUCUUUUGGACCGCGAGACUGUAUUGGGCGAAAUUUAGCCUACCAUGAGAUGCGCCUAAUCCUAGCCAGAGUAUUAUGGAAUUUUGACCUGACACUCGAUCAAAGUAUCGGGAAAUGGGAAGAUCAGAAGAUCUACAGCCUAUGGGAGAAGCCUCCCCUUAAGGUCUUUUUGAGAGAACGAAAGGCAUGAGUUUUACGAGUUUGAUACCUCUCUAUUGAACAUACAAGACCAGAAAGUACUCUAUAUGAGUGUAUAUAAUCGAAACCCCGCCGCUUUAUCAUACCCAGGUACAUACCCCUCCCAUCUAUCAACAUAGUACUUCAUACAUAUUCUAUACCCAAUCCACAACACCAUAUUUCCACUCGUUGUAUCAUACGUAUGUGGUAUCUUGUGCCCUCUUUAUACCAAAGUAUCGAUACUCGAAGUAAGACGCAAUAGCCGCCCAGAACGUGAGAAAUCUAGAACACAUACUUGUUAGGGACUAUACGUGCGGGGGGUCUACUGAUAGGGCAUCGGACUUACAAUAGGGCGAUUGCCAGCAAUGCUAAGAUCCAGCUCACUGCACAUGAGCCACCAACGCAAGCCUGCGCAUUCGUCGAUAGCAAAAGACCCAUCAUUA